GAUUCAGAUGAUUUUGAAUGCUAAUUUAUGUUCUCAAAAUUUGUCAUAAUAUAAUAGUAAACAAGUUACAUCAUUGUUCACCUUUAAGCCAGUUCUGACACCAUUUUGGUGAAAAAGAGGGUAUUUAUCCACUUGUUUUCUCUGUUUUCCAACCUCUUCCUCUCUUCCUGUCCUUGGCCUCUUUUUCUGUAUACGAUUCUCUCCUUUUUCCCCGCAACGAUUCGCUGAUAGCCUGCUGGUCUCCACGUGACAUUUAUUUAGUGUGUACUUGUAAGGACUCGAUCUUCGUAGAAACUCUGUAACACUUAUUACAGGAUGAGAUCUUGAGUACAUGGCACAGUAUAGUGCUAAUGUUACACCUUAUUACGUUGUUCUUCUUCACUUGUCUUUGAUCUGUACCUCCAUCACUGCUUAGAUGUGUUUGUCUGUCGUUCCCCCAAGCUCACCUUGUACACCUUGCUAGCCCUGUGAAUUGUGUAUAUCUGCUGAUCUCAUAACAGUAUGCUGUCAUCAAAAAUGUGGGCGGCACUCUGUUAUGAGACGCAGUGAUCAAAAGUCUUUUGAUUAGGAUUACAUAUGCAAGGUUAUGUAAGAAUGACAUUAAAGACAUUGCUUACCAUGGGAACUCUCAAAAUGCAGUCUAUUUCUGGCACUUUAUUGUGGUCUCACAAAUUUAUUAUUAAAUUAUACUUUACACUAUUUUAUACAAUUUCACACACGGAUUAUAAAUAAUGGUUUUCUUGCUUGUAGUCGACAUGAAUCUGUCUUCACAACACAAACACAUGCACAGUUUGUAGCCAUUUUGUUUACUUUUGGCAAAGUGGUGGCAAAUUUGUAUGAACUUACAUAAACUAAAAGAUGUCAGGGUGGUACAACUGUCCUGAUAUAAUAAAUAAAUUUAAAAAAAAGAAAAAGAAAAAUUGAUGAGAAAGCCCAUAUGUAGUUUGACAUUUUUUAUUACUGUUUCUUGGACUAGAAAUUAUAUUUUAACAAAUCUUCUUACUGGUUUGAAAAAGUUUUGUCAUGUGGUCCGACCAACAAGCAUUAAAAAACAAAACAGUAAAUUACAUCAUAGACCCCUAUAGACCCUCAUGCGUGUCAAGUCUAUUUUAAUUUUAUUAAAAUAGAUAAGUGGACCUUGCAAGGUUAGUUUAGGGUGUAAAAUGUCAUGUGGUGUGCCUCCUCAAAAUGUAAUGAAUUAAUAAUUCAUUAUAUUUUAUAUUGAAAAAUACAUUUAAUUAAAAUAAAAAUGAUUAAGAUGUGUCCACUCACAUGUAUUCGAGAUGUAACGAAAGAUUGGUACUUUACUUGACGGUUACACCACAUGACAUAAAACUGUAUAAAAGUUUUUCAGAACUACAUGAAACCAACACAUUCAUUAUUCAUUAGCUUGUGUGGCCUAGGUGACAUCAUCUGCGUAGAAAAGUUGUUUCAGGACACAGCUUGUUGAUGGAAGAUUACUGUUAAUCUUUUUUCUCAAUGUUGUGCACUGAUAAAUCGUGCACAAUAAGACCAAGAUGUGCAUUAAGAACACAAAAGUCACUUCUGAUUAAUAAUAUCUUGGCUCAAUUUCUGAAAACCCAUAGUCACCAGCUCUUUGGUCAGCAUAAUCUUGCUCUUUUUGAUUAUGUAAAUGUUCUGGCACAGAUGCCUUUAACCAUAGUGAUAUGCAGGAGUUACAUUGUAUGAUCGAUUUAUAAUAGUAUAGUUAAGUGAAUAAAAUGAAGUUCGUGCAGAAGGUCAAGUGUUUAUGACUAUAAGACCUUACAUCUUAAAGAUAAACGUUCAUGGCCGUGAUGAGAUAUGACUUGAGAUAUGACUUUAGGGUCAUUUCAAAGGGAUUGUUGAGGAGGUGAUAAAGCCAAAGCUGUAAACCAGACCUUGUACUCUAUGUUCUGUUUUUUAACUUAAAUCUGUGCACCUUUAAAAAUAUGUCUGGACUAAAAGAGAGUAGACUAUGAAAAUAGGGCAAUUUCCUAGUUAGAUUUCAUAGACAUUGAGGUUUGGCUGCUAAACAAGAGGUAUCACGAUAUAACCAACAAGACAUGCAUGCAUCUAUUAAGUCAUGAUUGGUUAAUGAUUGAUCCUUCAGCCACCUGUGUUGUAGCAGGUCUCUAAAGAAGUACGCAUUUAUCACCUAAACUAAAAGAUGAUGGCAAAAAUCCAGGCAGGUGAUGUAAUCAAUAAUGUUUUCUGCUUUUGCUGUAUUAUAGAGCCAAUUGGAUAAAUUAUGCAGCUAUAAUUGUGUGGGUGUGUUGGUAUGGAUGUCAGAGUGUGAUUUGUAUGUGUGUCCUAAAAAAAUGUAUGUGUUUGUGUGUGUGCACCUGUAAUGUUUGAGAGAGAGAAAUUAUACUGUACUGCAAAUCACAAAUCCCACCGCUGUGUAUGCCAGCAGAGCUUUGCUGAAAUCUAAUGGGAAAAGUUUGGUACUGCACCCAAACAACAUCUUACUAAAAGCAAAUUUUUUGAGAUAUCAUCCUCAAAUUUGGAACACCGCUUGUUUAGAUUUAUGGCUUUGACUUUCUAGAAAUUUUUUUGUGUUCAACAUGUUUUACAAAAUAUAUAUUUUAUAUAAAAAAUUGCUCAUAAAUCAUUUUCAUAAACUUAAACCUUUUUAACUUUUAAAACUUUUUAAAACUUUAACUUUUUAACUUCAGUAAUAAUCUGCCAAGGGUCUUCUUUAAAAUGAGACCAAACUUAAGUCAGUACUCCCAAGCUUCAAACUUUUAUGACAAUUUUUGGACAUGGACAUUUUUGUCCUCUAUGAACCUAUGUGCAACUUUUUUUAAUUGACGCCCAAGGGUUAAGAGUCUUAACCAGAAUCCACUUUAUUCCAAGAGUCCACUAACGUCCAAAUAAUUCAGAAUCAACUCCAGAGUUUGUUCAGAUCCAUGAGUCUGCCCAGGACUCCACUCCAGCCCCUGAGUCCAUGCCAGUGUUGGUUACAGCCCCUGAGUCCAUUCUAGUGUUGGCUCCAGCUCCUGAGUCUGGUCCAGUGUUGGUCCUAGCCCCUGAGUCCAUUCUAGUGUCAGCUCCAGUCCCUGAGUCCACUCCAGUCCUAGAAUUCAAUAAUGAGUCCGCUCCAGUACUACCUCUCAGUAACGAGUCCACUCCAGCCCCAGAGAUCAGUAUUAAGGUUGUCACGAUUUCUAAAUGUAUAUGGGAGCCCACUCUAACCUCUAAAUUGGCAUGGGAGGCCACACACCUUUGAAAUAACCCUAAAUUUAAUUCUAGUCCUCGAGUCCGUAAGAGAAUGCCCCCAAGACCAUAAAUCCAUACCAGAGCCCUUAAAGGGGUGUAAAAGAUGGGUUGUUUUGUGCGCUCAACGGAUGAACAGUGUGGGAACAGAAUUUAAGGGGAAGACUUUCAAGGUUGAAAGUGGUACAAAAUAACACCACUGUCUCUUGGGAAAAUACAGAGAGUCUAUUCAUUUACUUUUGAAUACUGGUGUUUUUCCAUUGGAGUGUAAACUAAUUAAUGUAGCAGAUUUGAUGUAACUAUUUUGAUGUAACCAUUCUUAAGGUGCAGAAUUCUGACGCCACAUUGAUUGUGAAACCUCUGAGAUAUUGUUAAACAAUAACUCAUCUUUUUCUGUAAUUAAAACGAAGUGCACCCAAUUGGGAGGGGGAGCGAGCCUGGCCAGUUUGCUUUCUCUCUCACUUGGAGGGUUGUUCUUAAACCGCACCUAAUUUUUAAGUAUAAAAAAGGGGGUUUCUUUCAGAAACAGUGGAAGCUCAGCCGUGGGAUAAGUGCACGUCGCCCAGCAUUCUCGGACAAGUGUUGGUCUUCUACUGUGACUGACACUGGCUCCCCAGUCUUUUGAAAGUGAAGAUGAUGGCACGGCUCUGAGGUUGGAGCCUCUCUCUUUGCAAGUAACAUUGGAAGUGUGCAUUUUGUGGGGAUAGCAGGAACUGGAGCAGCUGCUGGUAUUGCUAUUGGAGGAUUUGAGUGGAAUGCUCUUGUUGUUGUGCUUUUUCUGGGAUGGCUCUUUGUGCCCAUCUACAUAAAGGCUGGGGUCGUGACCAUGCCAGAGUACCUGAAGAAACGCUUUGGUGGGCAGCGGAUCCGUAUCUACCUCUCCGUGCUUUCCAUAUUUCUCUACAUUUUCACCAAAAUCUCUACAUGUAUGCAGGAGCCAUUUUCAUCAACCAGGCUCUGGGACUAAACAUUUACCUGGCUGUUGUUAUUCUGCUGCUCAUUACAGCUCUUUAUACAGUAACAGGUGGUCUAGCUGCAGUCAUCUACACCGACACCCUGCAGACCAUCAUCAUGGUUGUCGGAUCAUUCAUUCUUACAGGCUUUGCGUUUAAUGAGGUGGGGGGCUAUGAGAACCUCAAAGACAGAUACAUGACUGCGAUCCCAUCAGUGGUAGGUGUGAACAUCAGUGAAGAGUGCUACACUCCUCGUGCAGACUCCUUCCACAUCUUCAGAGACCCCAUCACUGGUGAUCUGCCCUGGCCUGGGAUGGUCUUUGGUCUUACUAUCCAGGCCACCUGGUACUUUUGCGCUGACCAGGUGAUUGUGCAGCGCUGUCUGUCUGCCAAGAACCUGUCUCAUGUGAAAGCAGGAUGCAUCCUGUGUGGUUACCUCAAACUUCUGCCCAUGUUCCUCAUGGUUUUCCCUGGCAUGAUCAGCAGAGUGCUGUACACAGAUGAGAUUGCAUGUGUGGAUCCAGCAGAGUGUAACUACUACUGUGGCACCAGUGUGGGCUGCAGUAAUAUUGCUUAUCCGAAACUAGUGUUGGAUCUGAUGCCAAACGGUCUCAGAGGGUUGAUGUUGUCCGUCAUGCUGGCCUCCCUGAUGAGUUCACUCACUUCCAUCUUUAACAGUGCCAGCACACUCUUCACCAUAGACAUUUACACUAAGAUUCGCCCCAAAGCCAAGGAAAAGGAACUCAUGAUCGCGGGGAGGGUGUUCAUGCUGUUUCUGAUUGGCGUGAGUAUCGCGUGGAUCCCCAUCGUUCAGUCGGCUCAGAGUGGGCAGCUCUUCGAAUACACUCAGUCCAUUACCAGUUAUCUGGCUCCACCUAUCGCUGCUGUCUUCAUCCUUGCCAUUUUCUGGAAGCGAGUCACUGAACCAGGUGCUUUCUAUGGGUUGUUUAUUGGUCUGUUGGUGGGACUGGCGCGUAUGAUAUCUGAGUUUGCCUACGGCACGGGUAGCUGCAUAAAUCCCAGUAACUGUCCUAUGAUCAUCUGUGGUGUGCACUACCUCUAUUUCACCCUCAUCGUCUUCGGCCUGUCCUGCAUAGUGAUAGUGACCAUCUCCCUCAUGACUAAACCCAUUGAUGAAAAACACCUGCACAGGCUCUGCUGGAGUUUGAGAAACAGCACUGAGGAGAGAAUUGAUCUGGAAGCAGAUGACUGGACUAACGAUCAGGAUUCAGAUUCUAUGCAAACAGAAGAGGUGCGUAAGGAUCCAAGCUGUUGGAAGAAGGCUUACAACUGGUUCUGCGGUUUUGAUCAAGGCGAUGCACCUAAACUGACUAAAGAGCAGGAGGCAGAGUUGAAUAUGAAGCUCACGGACACCACUGAGAAACCUCUAUGGAGAAAUGUGGUCAACGCUAACGCUAUUAUCCUCCUCGUCGUCUGCGUUUUCUUCCAUGGCUUCUUUGGCUAAAGAUCACAUCAGUAUCAACUAACUCUGCUAAGGAUAUUAGAGCUUCUGUGGACAGAAAUGGUACCUUAUCAGUAACAACAAGCUAAACAUAAUGAAUCUGAUUGUAAUAAGUUACAAAAGUUUCUCUUGAAACACUCCAUACUUCCUUAUAAUAUCCUCCAAAAAAAAACGUCCUUACUGCUGCCUACUGUUUUUGAUUUGAUGGCAGGAAGUACAAUAGAAAAUAUUAGUGACUUUCAUUUUAAACCCAAGACCAAAACAUAAAGCCUUUUUCUGUGCCAUUUUUAAGAUGCCUCUCAUCUACCAAACUCAAAAAAAACAAACAAAAAAAAAUUAUAUUAUAUUUUGGUCUUAAUAUUUGGUAAGUUUUGAUUUCAUUGUAAGUAAAAAAUAUAUAUUUUUGUUUACGACAAGUAUAUUUUAUUUAAUAACAUUCAUAUUUUUUGCCAUGGUGUAUGAUGUACUAAAUUUUACAAUAAUUUGAAGGUGAAAUUACAGUUCAUCUGUCAUCUGAUGUGUUUUCAUUCAGUCGAAAGACUAUCAGGUGUCAUUGCUUGCCCUGUUUUAUUCAAAGAACAAGGAUCUAUCAAAGUCUGAUCAUGUUUGUGGAAGUGAAUCAUGGCACAAACAAAACAUCACUGAGGACCACAGAAAAAGAGUUGUUGUUGCUCAUCAGGCUGGAAAAGGUUACAAAACCAUCUCUAAAGAAGAGUCUGGACUCCACGAAUCCACGGUCAGAUUGUGUACAGAUGGAGGAAAUUCAAGACCACUGUUACCCUCCGCAGGAAUGGUCGGCCAACAAAGAUCACUCCAAAAGCAAGACGUGUAAUAGUCAGCGAGCUUGCAAAGGACCCCAGAGUAACUUCUAGGCAACUAAAGGUUUCUCACAUUGGCUGAUGUUAAUGUUCAUGAGCCCACCAUCAGGAGAACACUAAACAACCAUGGUGUACACGGCAGAGUUGCAAGAAGAAAGCUACUGUUCUCCAAAAAGAACAUCGCUGCCCAUCUGCAGCUUGCUAAAGAUGAUGUGGACAAACCAAAAUACUGGAGAAAUGUUUUGUGGACGGAUGAGACAAAAAUAGAAAGAACACACUGCAUUCCAGCACAAGAAACUUAUCCUAUCUGUGAAACGUGGUGGUACCCAUAGGAAAGAAAAAUCUAAUGUGAGAUCUCUUUAACAUCUCAAAUAUUUCUCCUAGACAGAAAUGAGGUUACUUUAAGAUUGAAUGGAGAUUUUAGCUUGAGUCUCCUGCUUCUCAAACUUGUCUCCUGAGACAAAAACUCUAACACUCUCACAAUGGUCUCCUUUAAAGCUUUAGAAGAUAUCUCAACAACAUCACACUGUUCUCAGAUAUUUCUCAUUAGCUACAGACACCGGAUCUCUCACAUUUGUCUCUUUUAAAGCUUUAGAAGAUAUCUCAACAACAUCACACACUGUUCUCAGAUAUUUCUCCUUAGCUGGAGACUCUGGUGGUCUCACAUUGGUCUCCUCCAAAGUUUCAAACAAGUCUCUCAACAUCAUCACACACUGUGCUCAGAUUUUUCUCCUCAGCUAGAGACUCUGGCUCUCUCUUUUGUCUCCUCAAAAGUUUAGCUUAGAGAUCUCAACAAAAUCACACACAGUGCUUUGAUUUUUCUCUUUAUCUAAAUACUCUGGGGGUCUCAUAUUUGUCUCCUGUAAAGCUUUAGAAGAGAUCUCAACAACUUUACAAAGUGUGUGGAUCAAGUCAAGUACUUGAACGGCACUAAAUAAAGGGGGGAAAAUCAUAAAUUCAAAGUUAAGGGCUAUAUAGAGAAAUUAUGCAAAUAAUGUUACUUUUUAUAGGACAAUGUUUAUGUACAGGCACAUAAUUUGUUGUUGGAAAUAGUAAUUUACCGGAUGCCUUAAUCAAAACUGAUUUACAAAAAAUGUAACCCUGGAGCUUUCUUUGCUGAAAUGCACAUAAAUGGCUAAUGACUCGGUCUUGAUUAUUAAUUGACUAAUUUGAUUAUUAAUACAUAUUAUAUGGUAGAAAUGUUUGAGCUCAUAUUGAGGCAUUUGACUUGGUGCACACUUUCUAAAGUUAUUGAGAUCACUUCUGAAAUUUAGAGGAGACAAAUGUGAGAACUCUCGAGUCUUUAGUGUAGGAGAAGAAUCUGAGCACAGUGUGUGAUUGUCACGUGUUUUAGUUCCUGUUCAUCCUUUUUUGGUUUGUUUCCUGUUCUCAGUAUUAGUUAAUCAUCAUUUAUUCUUAUCACCCGUCUUGUACCAUUCAUCUCGUUUGCUUAUUAAUUUGCCUGUCUUUAUAAGCCUUCUGUUUCUUUUCAGCCUUUGUCUUGUAUUAAUGUUAUUUUCAGUGGUCAAUGUGUGUUGAUGCUUAUUAAAGACUCCUUUCAUUUACUCCUGCGUUGGGUGCUGAUUUCUACAACCACGACCCCGUAACAGUGAUGUUGUUGAGAUCUCUUCUAAAGCUUUAAAAGAGACAAAAAUCUGAGCACAGUGUGUAAAGUUGUUGAGAUCUCUUCUAAAACUUUAAAGGAAACCAUUGCAGAGUUUUUGUCUCAGGAGACAAGUUUGAGAAG